AUGGCUAUGAACGCUUAUAUUACGCUCCAGCCAUUGCUUCUAAUAGAUCACGUGUUAUCCAUGCUCGAAUGCCAUAAGUGUGGCUAUAUUAUAAAUACGGAUUCAGACGAUGCCUUGGGCGAAGCGAAACUCAAAGAGGCUUUUGUCAACGCCUCAGAAAUUUUUUUGUUACUUAACAAUGCUACCCGAAAUGAGAAAAUCUUGAAAUGGUUCCAAAAAGAAUGGGCAGCACAGCCACCAACUAUGAUUUCCAUCUUUCCCACAAAAUUUCAAACAUUCGAACUGGUCUUUUUAUUCUUAAUCAUAAAUGUUUCUUUGCAUUCUACUGAUGCGGAUUCGACAACACAAGUCGCAACCAGUACCGCUUCCACCUCUACAUCUGCAGUUGCCUUAUAUGAUGUAUCGGCGCCUUCUCAAAACUCGGAUAUAACUCAAAGUCAGAUAAUACAGGCUGCCAUAGGUGUCUCGGUUACAGUUCUAAUAAUCGCUAUAUGUGCACUAUAUUGCUAUCUAUAUGGACAAAGAACAAGAAGGCAAAUCACAUUUAUUUCUCCAAGACCAGCCAGAAGCGCUUUUACUGAAUCCGCAAAGAGAUUAGAGGAAUCAAGUAUGGAGACUAGAACAAGAUUUUUAGAUGGAGCAAUGACGCAAGUUGAUAGACCUCCGUCUUUUGAUUCAACUCAAUUUCCCGCUCGUCCGUCGCCAGACAAUACCACUGGUGUCAGAAGUAGCGUUAAUAAUGGUGAAGGCGAUAGGACCAUUACUGCAACUGAUGGUCAAAGCUUGGGGAUUGGAAUUUCUUCCUUAGAAUCUGUGAAUAUAAGGAGUGAACACAAUAUCAGAGCAGCACCUUCCCUUUCAUCAUCCGUCGAGCUACAAGCCGGCCCUAUAGAAGUAAACUAA